AUGGCUUCACGCUGGGCUGACACCGAAGAGGACGCUGCAGAGGAUGCACGCAGAAAGGCAGAAAAGGAGGAGAAGAAGAAGCGGUUAAAGGCCGAGAAACAGCGCCGGGCAGAAGAAGCACAGAAGGCGGCCGCAGCGAAGGCAAAUGGACAUGCCGAAGACGACUCGGGCAGACCAACAAAAAGACGGAGACUGUCUGAGGAUGGUGCUGAGAAGGCAGCUGAGGUGCCUCAAGAACGCAAGUUGUUGCGCUUCAAUGCUCCGACGUGGCAGCCGACGCGAUCGAUUGAGCGCUUCGACCGCCUGAACCACAUCGAGGAGGGCAGUUAUGGCUUCGUGUCACGCGCAAGAGAAGAGGCAACUGGCGAGAUUGUGGCUAUCAAGAAGCUCAAGAUGGAUCCGGUCAGAGACGGAGGCUUUCCAGUCACUGCGCUGCGAGAAAUUCAGACCCUCCAGGCCUCGAAGCAUCGGCAUAUUGUGAACCUACGAGAAGUAGUGAACGGGCAGGGUGAGAGCGCGGCAGACGUGUACCUGGUCAUGGAUUUCCUAGAGCAUGACCUCAAGACGCUGCAGGAGGAGAUGGAAGAGCCGUUUCUGCCAUCCGAGACGAAGACACUCAUGCUACAGCUGGGGAGCGCUGUCGACUUUCUACACACUCAUUGGAUCCUGCACCGAGAUCUCAAAACCAGCAACAUUCUUUUGAACAAUCGUGGGGAGAUCAAACUCGCAGAUUUUGGCAUGGCACGCUUCGUGGGCAACCCAGCGCCGAAUAACCUCACACAACUCGUCGUGACACUCUGGUAUCGCUCACCCGAACUGCUCCUCGGCACUACAACCUACGACUCCGCGGUCGAUAUGUGGAGUCUUGGCUGCAUCUUUGGCGAGUUACUCACACGACAGCCAUUGCUAUCAGGCAAGAAUGAGGUGGAACAGCUCAGUAAGAUCUUCGAACUCUGCGGCAUACCCACCGAGGAAACUUGGCCGGGUUUCAAGCGCCUCCCGAACGCACGAACACUUCGUUUUCCAACCGCACGACAGGUUCAGGGCUCGAUUGUACGAUCCAGAUUCCCGACGCUCACAAAUGCUGGCGUGGGCCUCAUGAACAGUCUGCUGUCACUCAAUCCAGAGAAGAGACCGAGCGCGAAGGAGAUGCUAGAGCACCCCUAUUUUGCAGAGAACCCGCGGCCGAAGCCCACUGCGAUGUUUCCCACGUUUCCUAGCAAAGCGGGACAAGAAAAGAGAAGAAGACGUGCCAGUCCAGUUGCCCCAAUGCGUGGUGCUGCACCUGGGUUGGGUGGUGAAGUUGACUUUAGCUCCAUUUUCAAGGGGAGGGACAAUGAAGAGAGGGGUGGUGGGUUCCAGCUGAGAGUGGCAUAAAGCAGAUUGCUGCUCGGGAGUCACAUAUUGCAUGAGCAUAGAGCAUGCAGCGAGCCCUUGAAUUGCAAUAGUCGACAGAUGCACCUCAGGAGCUUGAUACGUACCAGUCCUCAAAUGACACUUUACGUCUCGCCGCUGGUGGUCGCUACACCAUUGGCUUUCAUAAACCUCG